UUAUAAUUUAACCAGUAACCACCUCUAUACACACACAUACAACUUCUCAUAUCAACUGGUCCAGGAAAUGUGUCUCCACUUGCCUCCUCUCUUAAACUAAAGCAGAUGGAUCUCAUCACGGAACACAGUCACCAUGGCAACAGCCUGGUUAAUAUGCUCAGCAGGUGGAGUCGUCAACACUGUGAUGACAAACGGAAUGUGCUGGCCCUGAACGUGCUGUUGCUAGGCGACAGGCAGAGUGGGAGGAGCUCUGUGGGGAAUGCUCUGAUUGGUGGACAUGAAUUCCAGACAGGUGUCAGCGUUCCUGGUGUUUCCGUGAAGACAGAGUACCAGGUCCUGAGCCGAAAUUUUCCUCAUUAUUUCAGACGACAGGGGGCGGAGUCUGACCUUACACUGAGAGUGAUUGACACGCACCUUCUGCUGCCCCACCCACACAAUGUGCACGAGUUCUGCCCUGAGGGUGUGCACGUACUUGUACUCGUCGUGAGAGCUGAUCGGCAACAUGAAAACACACAUCUGGAGCAGCAUGUGGAGAGUCUCUUCGGUCCAGAGUGGCGUCGUCAUGCCUUACUAAUCCUCACACAUUCUGACCACCUGGAGACGGCAGGCCUUGACCCAUCCGUCUACCUAACACAGACCACUGAUUGGCUGGGAGCUCUGGCCAGUGAGGUGGCGGGCGGAGUCUUGUUCUUGGAAAACAGCUGUGAUUGGCCAUUGAUCAGGGGACGGCCGCUGAGAGACCGACUGCUCCACCUCUCGGCCAGGAACCAUCACAGCGCUCUGAAAGUCAGGACAGAGGUCUCGCUUGGACUCUGAGCCCUUUCAGAUUUCAAGUCAGUUUACCUGUUCUGAAUAUACUGUCAUUCUGUCAUAAUGACAACAUUGUCAGUUUGGAAAGAGUCUUUCAGAUGUAUUAUCUGGUAUCAUGAGCUGGUUUUGCCUAGCUGGAGGCAUUUUGUUUCCAGGGUUGUUUAUACAUACGCGCCCAUUCUCAUGAACACAAUACUGAAAAAACACCUUGAGGGAAUUUCUUCAGAUUUGGCAGAAAUAUAUCACAGUGGUUUAUUCUUUGUUGACCAAUCAGCUAAAACAAGAACACACAAAGAAGAUGAAUAUAGUUUUAAGUGUUUUUAAUUCAAUAAACAACAGUGAUGCAAUGAAAUGUUUUCCUCUUUUAUUAGCUAGCAGCACUAGCGUUAUACCACUGUCUAGUCCUAUGUGCUGAUCGAUCUGCUGGUCUAUCUGAUGGUGCAGUUGGUCAGGGAGGGUGCCCUGCACAACCCCUUCCCCUUCACUUCAAACCCACAGCCUUUAUAGUUGG